GACAUUUCAUGAAGUGAGCUCUCUUUUACCACCUUCGAGCCUUCUGGAUACCGCACAGCUAGCCGGCACAAGGCAGGUUGCCUCAUGGUCCUCGAUGCCCAAGGUUCUGAUGUGCUGUGCGGACACAUGCCCGAAUAGGGGAGCAGGAUCAAACUCUGCAUCCCUCAUAAGGGCCUCGUGCCCAUGUGGUCCUCUCGUCCUCUCUUUCACCUACGACGAUCUGACAAGAAGAAAUACAAACAGUCAAAGAAUGUCGGAGGUAUCGCUGGGCCCGGUAGGUGAGCUGAUCGGUCUGUGCUGAGAGAAAUGAUGUUGCACGAUGCCGUGGAUAGGGAGGGCGGCAAGGAAGUGAAAGAGAGGAGGAGGAAGGUGCGCGACUUGGGUUGACUGAGGGUGGGGAGGGGGCGUGGGGGAGAGGUGGAGGAGAUCGAGCUGGGAGAGCAGACGGGACCCGCCCCGGUUCAUACGAAGACGGAGGAGAUCGAGCCCGCCGUGGGCAUCAAUAUCACCGGCGUGCCCUCCGGAGCGAACAACAACGGCGAGCUCUCUGCCAACCUCACCCAGCCUUCGAAUGACGUACAACGCCGGUUUAUGAAUGAUGCCAAAACGUACCAUGAUGCCGCACGCAUCGCUUGUGUCGUUACAUCCCGUGGGAGGCCUGUACCAUGCGGGGUGAAGAACGACGGCGAGCCUUCUCAAGGCUCCAACCCGCUCCAGGCGGACUAUACUGCAUCGAUCGACUCCGCCUCCGUCUACUCGGACAUGCAGCGCGAGGUUCGGCUUGCUCCUGCUGCUGCUCUCGUGCUCCCCGCCGAACCCACGCCUGCUCACAUCUGGACUCCACUCGGUAUUGCUCUAGCCACAUCCGCUCGCGAUGCGGACUUGGCUGGCGACAUGGGGGAGGCGAACAAGGCGAGAGAGUUGUUGGCAAUGGAAGAGGAUAAUCUGGUCAACCGCGUCUCCGCUUCCCCUGAACAGGACGAGGAGGCCAUCCUCCCACGUAUGCCCGGUGGACCGCCUCUCACCACUGCUCCGGUUACCACGACUCCUGGGAACAUCCUCCCCACGGCAUUUUCUUCUUCGGUCUCGCGCUCUCCCGCAACGGCGGAAGCCCUCCUCGUCCAGAGACACGUCUCUCUGGUAUCCACCCCUGUGGUCGAGGAAGCCCCAGACAGGCACUGGCAGCUUCCUCCCGGCGCCGCUCACUGACCCAACCGCAUCGUGGAAGGGGGCAUGGCGAUGGUCCGUUUCUUCACUUGGCUGGGUAAGAAGUUCAAGGCACUCGAACAAGUGAAGAACUACAGCUAGCCGGCAUACUGCUUUUGUCUUCUGUUGUCCGGUUUGUCGACCAUCUUGUCCGUCGGCGAUGUGGUUUUCGAAUGGCUGUGGGUUAGGCGGAUCGUGCCUAACCCUCUGUUCUGGGGUACCGUCAUCAUUGUGCUUGGGAUCUACCAAACCAAUGGGAUCUCCCCCUACCACGUCUUCCUCGGCCUCCUCCAGGAGCUCGCCACCAAGGGCGCCCGUCUCCAGACCCGCGAUGCCUUCUGCCCCCCUCUCUGCUCUGAGUAGUUAGGUUUCGAUAUGAAUGAACAUCGGGCUCUGUCCCACUUCCACUCCUUCCAUGUCAUUCUUUAGAAACACAUUUUUACAAGGGCUUCGACCCACUUCCACUCCUUAAUCACACUCGUUGACG